UAACUACUGUUCACUGGUGCAAAUGUUAUAAUAAAAACUCACUGCCAGAUCCCUACAGAUCCGGUUGCUUUCAGGAGAGUAGUACUGGAAAAUAUAUUCUUCACUGGUUGGAGUUUCACCUCAUUCUGUAUACUGAGGACCUGAGUAUGCAGCAGGCUAUAGCCUGCAGGAUGGCUCCACAGAUGAUGAAAGUCAUCAGAGCUCUUGGGUCUAUUAAUCAUUUAAUCCUUGCCACAGCCAUCCAUUUCUUCAUGUACUUCAGUACCAGAUAUGAGCUAGUUACAGAGCUUGCAUUUACACACUACAUGUGUUCCUCCUAAGAUCCUUUAAUGCUCUGCCAGAUAUGGCUCAGAUUAGCUUAAAGUAUUUUACACACAGUGCCAUCUAGUGGCUGAACCGUAUAAUACAGUUUAACUUUCUAUUACAUCUCCCCAGUUGUUCUAUGUUCCUACCAUUUACAAUAUUUGCACUAGUGGUUCUCAACGAGGGGUAUCCAUACCCCUGGGGGUAUGAAGAGGUCUUCCAGGGGGUACAUCAACUCUUCUAAAUAAUUGCCUAGUUUUACAACAGACUACAUAAAAAUCACUAGCGAAAUCAGUACAAACUAAAAUUUCAUACAAUGACUUGUUUAUAUUGCUCUAUAUACUGUAGAGUGAAAUGUAAGCGAAAUAUUUACAUUCCACAAAAAGAAAAGGAGUACUUGUGGCACCUAAGCCCUGGUCUACACUAGGACUUUAGGUCGAAUUUAGCAGCGUUAAAUCGAUGUAAACCUGCACCCGUCCACACAAUGAAGCCCUUUAUUUCGACUUAAAGGGCUCUUAAAAUCGAUUUCCUUACUCCACCCCUGACAAGUGGAUUAGCGCUUAAAUCGACGUUGCCAGCUCGAAUUUGGGGUAUUGUGGACACAAUUCGAUGGUAUUGGCCUCCGGGAGCUAUCCCAGAGUGCUCCAUUAUGACCGCUCUGGACAGCACUCUCAACUCAGAUGCACUGGCCAGGUAGACAGGAAAAGAACCGCGAACUUUUGAAUCUCAUUUCCUGUUUGGCCAGCGUGGCAAGCUGCAGGUGACCAUGCAGAGCUCAUCAGCACAGGUGACCAUGAUGGAGUCCCAGAAUCGCAAAAGAGCUCCAGCAUGGACCGAACGGGAGGUACGGGAUCUGAUCGCUGUUUGGGGAGAGGAAUCCGUGCUAUCAGAACUCCGUUCCAGUUUUCGAAAUGCCAAAACCUUUCUGAAAAUCUCCCAGGGCAUGAAGGACAGAGGCCAUAACAGGGACCCGAAGCAGUGCCGCGUGAAACUGAAGGAGCUGAGGCAAGCCUACCAGAAAACCAGAGAGGCGAACAGCCGCUCUGGGUCAGAGCCCCAAACAUGCCGCUUCUAUGAUGAGCUGCAUGCCAUUUUAGGGGGUUCAGCCACCACUACCCCAGCCGUGUUGUUUGACUCCUUCAAUGGAGAUGGAGGCAAUACGGAAGCAGGUUUUGGGGACGAAGAAGAUGAUGAUGAUGAGGAGGUUGUAGAUAGCUCACAGCAAGCAAGGGGAGAAACCGGUUUUCCCGACAGCCAAAAACUGUUUCUCACCCUAGACCUGGAGCCAGUACCCCCCGAACCCACCCAAGGCUGCCUCCUGGACCCAGCAGGCAGAGAAGGGACCUCUGCUGCAUGUGUUUCAAUGAUCACAGGAUCUUCUCCUUCCCAGAGGCUAGUGAAGCUUAGAAAGAAAAAAAAACGCACUCGCAAUGAAAUGUUCUCCGAGCUCAUGCUGUCCUCCCACAGUGACAGAGCACAGACGAAUGCGUGGAGGCAAAUAAUGUCAGAGUGCAGGAAAGCACAAAAUGACCAGGAGGAGAGGUGGCGGGCUGAAGAGAGUAAGUGGUGGGCUGAAGAGAGGGCUGAAGCUCAAAUGUGGCGGCAGCAUGAUGAGAGGAGGCAGGAUUCAAUGCUGAGGCUGCUGCAGGACCAAACCAGUAUGCUCCAGUGUAUGGUUGAACUGCAGCAAAGGCAGCUGGAGCACAGACUGCCACUGCAGCCCCUCUGUAACCAACCGCCCUCCUCCCCAAGUUCCAUAGCCUCCACACCCAGACGCCCAAGAACGCGGUGGGGGGGCCUCCGGCCAACCAGCCACUCCACCACAGAGGAUUGCCCAAAAAAAAGAAGGCUGUCAUUCAAUAAAUUUUAAAGUUGUAAACUUUUAAA